AUUCCUAAAACUCUUUCAUCUUACCCUUGAAAAGGCAGAAAGAUACCACUUACCAUUAAUAUUAAACUAAUCUCUAGUGUGAUUAAACUAAUCCUGCCUUGUUAGAAAAAGGCAUCUACCUUAUUCUCUCCACUUUUCCAAACCCUAACUCCUAACUCCUGAAAAUGGCAGCCCAAACUCUAAACACAAUAAACCAGCCCCUCCACUCCUUCAGGCAGACUUUGAAAUCCAAGACAUUUAAUCCCCAAACAAUCAGAUGCAGAAAGACUACCUCUGUUAGCAUCACUGCGACACUGCGAGCUGCAGUGAUAGGCGGUGGCCCCGCGGGAUCGUCUGCAGCAGAAGCUCUGGCCUCCGGCGGCAUCGAGACAUUCCUGUUCGAACGCAGCCCCGAAGCAGCAAAGCCCUGCGGAGGCGCCAUUCCCCUGUGCAUGCUUGAUGAGUUCUCCAUCCCCUCUCACCUCAUUGACCGCAAAGUCACCCAAAUGAAGAUCAUCUCGCCCUCAAAUCUCACCGUCGAUUUCGGGAAAACGCUCAAGCCCCACGAGUUCAUCUCCAUGGUCCGCCGAGAAGUGCUGGACAAUUUCCUCCGGCGCCGCGCAGCCGACUGCGGCGCCACCCUUGUAAAAGCCCUAGUUACAAGCAUAGACAUGCCCUCAUCGGAAACAUCCCCUUACAUAAUCCACUACAUCUCCAACAACACCCACAAUUCCCUGGCUGUAGACGUCAUAAUCGGUGCAGACGGCGCCAAUAGCAAAGUAGCCAAGUCAAUCGACGCCGGGAGCUACACUUGCGCAAUCGCGUUCCAGGAGAGAAUCAAAUUGCCGGAAGAGAAAAUGCAAUACUACGAAAACCUAGCAGAGAUGUACAUCGGAAACGACGUCUCACCCGAUUUCUACGCGUGGGUUUUCCCCAAAUGCGACCACGUGGCAGUCGGAACGGGCACGAUUUCAGCGAAGCAAAACAUCAAACACCUUCAGUGCGCAAUCAAAAACAGAGUGAAACCUAAAAUCGAAGGAGGGGAAAUCAUCAAAGUGGAAGCCCACCCCAUCCCGGAGCACCCCCGGCCGGUGAGGGUCCGGGGACGGGUGGCAUUAGUCGGGGACGCGGCCGGGUACGUGACGAAAUGCUCGGGCGAGGGGAUAUACUUCGCGGCGCGGAGCGGGAGGAUGUGCGGGGAGGGGGUGGUGAGGGCGUCGGAGAAUGGGAGGAGGAUGAUCGGAGAGGGGGAUUUGAGGAGGGAGUAUCUGAGGAAGUGGGACGACGAGUUCUUCGCGACGUUCAAAUUCUUGGACGUGUUGCAGAGGGUGUUCUAUGGGAGUAAUGCGGGGCUGGAGGCGCUGGUGGAGGUGUGCGGGAAGGAGUAUGUGCAGAGGAUGACGUUUGAGAGCUAUCUGUAUAAGAAGCUGGCCAAGGGGAAUCCGGUGGAGGAUGUGAAGAUGGCGGCGGCGACUGUGGGGAGCUUGAUUCGUGCUAAUAUUCUUGGGAGGGAGAUGUUGAUGCACUGAUACUCCAUUUUCAAAUGUUCCACUUCUUGUUACCUUGUGGAAACUACUCCUACUUUUCGAUUUCAUGGAAUCAAACUUUAUUUUAUUGUUUGUCACA